AUGAAGAGCAAUGGAGACCAGAACAGCAGCGGCGGGGGAUCAGUGAGGGUGGCUCGAAAUUUUACAGGGAAGGUAAAUGGAGGGGACCACUGUGUAUGUGAAGUUCUACUACCAGAUAGCUCCUUCCCAGCCAUGAGAGUGGGCAACCUAGAGGAUGAAACUCAACAACUGAUCAACCGUGUGGAAGAUGAAAUGCAGAAGCUAGAAGAGCAAGACAUCAGACUGGAUGCCUAUAUGGAAAAACUCAUUAACCUAACCAAGAGACUGGAAAAGUUGGAGCACAUGCGUCCUGAAGGCCUAGUAGAAAUUAACUUUGAUGUCCUAAAGAAAGAGAUCAAAGAGAUGGAGAUGGUCAUCUCACAGCUGAGAGGCAGAGUCAACGGAAGUAACGCUCACGUGGAAGACCUGUAUAAGGAGGUGAAGAAUAUCUCAAAGUCAGUUGGACAGCUGGAGACUCUUGACAAGAACAAUGUCCUCAGAGCUCAGAGAGACAUGGAGGUUCUGAAGAAACGUCUUGUAGAUUGUGAGAAAACUAUUAAGAUGAAAGCUGCACCCAUGGUACCACUUGGAUUUUGUCAGCACCAUGGCUUAUCACUUAUCGGCAAACCCAACCUUCUGCAACUUAACUGGAAGGGAGUCGCCUUCAAGUCUGGAGCAUGGGGUAAGGAUGCAGCAUGGAACGCCACUAAGAAGUCCUUGUAUUGGGUUGCUCCUCUUAAUCCUGACGGCCGAAUUCUAGAGUCCAUACGUAUUUAUCCAUCCUUGAAUGAUAUACAGCUGUACAAGAACUCCAUCGACCUGCCCCUCUCUGUGCUCAUCAAUAACAGAUGGAAUCAUACUUUUGGAGGUCAGGGCGCAGGAGUGAUUGUCUACAACGGCAAUCUGUACUACAACUGCUUCAACAGUCAUGACAUGUGCAGAACAAACUUGAACAACGGGGUCUACCAAAGAAAAGCUCUACCCAAUGCCGUGUUCAAUAACCGCUACUCCUAUUCUGGAGUCAGCUACCAAGACAUGGACUUUGCUUCCGAUGAGAAGGGUCUGUGGGUGAUAUACUGCACUGAAGCAAGUGCUGGAAAAAUUGUGGUGGGUAAGGUCAAUGUAGCCACCUUUACGGUGGAAAAUUCCUGGACCACCACACUGAAGAAGACAGAUGUGACCAACGCCUUCAUGAUAUGCGGAGUCCUCUACGCCACUCGCUCUGUAAACAAAAAGACUGAGGAGAUCUUCUACAUGUUUGACACCAAGACUGGAAAGGGAGAGAAAAUAAGCUUCAUGAUGGAGAAGAUGUCAGAGAAGGUGCAAAGUCUGAGCUAUAACGCAAAUGAACGCAAGCUAUACAUGUAUAAUGAUGCCUAUCUGGUGCACUAUGAUGUUAUCCUCAAUCCUUGA